GGAAGCACCGCUUGCGUUUCCGUGGUCACCGUGAGAUUGGUUCGCCGUUGGUUUCCUGCUGCAGUGAGACGAGCGGCGUCGAGGAAGACUGGGAAGCCCGAACACCACCAACUACACCAACCGCACUGUACAAUGAAACUACUUGCAAUAUCUCCCUCUUUCGAUAUUCGCUUCGUCACAGUUAUACUGCUGGCGAUGGGCCUCUCUACUCCUGGAAAAUCAGAAAUCACCAGUCUGGACUCGAACAACAUCGAUGAGAUCCUAAAUAAUGCUGGGGUGUCUUUAGUGAAUUUUUACGCUGACUGGUGCAGGUUCAGUCAGAUGCUCCAUCCGAUUUUCGAGGAGUCAUCUAAUGUAGUGAGGGAGGAGUUUCCGAACACCAAGCAGGUGGUGUUUGCUCGUGUUGACUGUGACCAACACUCCGACAUAGCCCAGCGGUACCGCAUCACCAAGUAUCCAACGCUGAAGUUGUUCCGCAAUGGGAUGAUGAUGAAGAGGGAAUACAGGGGUCAGAGGUCAGUGGCGGCCAUCGCAGACUUCAUCCGCCAGCAGCAGGUUGAUCCUGUGAAAGAGAUACAGUCAUUGGACGAGAUUAAGACUGUAGACAGAAGCAAGAGAAACAUCAUCGCUUUCUUUGAAACAAAGGACUCCGAUAACUACCACACAUAUGAAAAAGUUGCCAAUAUCCUUCGUGAUGACUGCACAUUCACUGCUGGUUUUGGCGAUGUAUCUGAGCCAGAGCGCUUUAGCGGAGACAAUAUUAUCUACAAGCCCGUUGGGGAGAACAGCCCUGACAUGAUCUACCUCGGCUCACUCUCAAACUUCGACCUGACCUUUGCCUGGGCACAGGACAAGUGUGUGCCUUUGGUCAGGGAGAUCACCUUUGAAAAUGGAGAGGAGCUGACUGAAGAAGGAAUCCCAUUCCUCAUCUUGUUCCACUCCAAAGAGGACACAGAGAGCUUAGAGAGGUUUCAGCAAGAAGUGGCUCGACAGCUCAUCGGCGAGAAAGGGUCGAUUAACUUUCUGCAUGCGGACUGUGAGAAGUUCCGACAUCCCCUGCUCCACAUUCAAAAAACUCCAGCUGACUGUCCCGUCAUCGCUAUAGACUCAUUCAGACACAUGUAUGUCUUCCCUGACUUCCAAGACGUCGCUAUCCCUGGCAAGCUGAAACAGUUUGUGUUGGACCUUCACUCCGGAAAGCUCCACAGAGAGUUCCACCACGGUCCUGACCCCACAGACAGCACGCCUGGACUGGAGGAGACAGCAGGAGAAGUGGCCAGCGAACCUCCAGAGAGCUCAUUCCAGAAGCUGGCGCCCAGCGAGACCCGCUAUACCAUCCUCACACGGGGCCGCGACGAGCUGUGACCCUCUACAGCCCUCAAGUGAACCUGUGACUCAAUGCCACACCCCGGGGUCAGGGAAGGGGUUAGGGUUGGGACAGGCCAGCGGAACAGCAACACCCAACACCUAUACUGAAGAGAAAGAGAUAUAGAAAUGGAGAAUGAAGAGAAAAGAGGAGGAGAAAUUGGAGAUAAAGAGAAGCAGUCCAAGACACAACCAUGUUGGAAAAAUCUAUAUUUUCAUAACUCUUUCACGUACAAUUUUUAUUUUGGAUCAAACGGAAAUGGGGUAACGGAGAAAUCAUGCAGGCAGGGGUCAGGGGCAUUAUGAGAAGUGUUUUUACUUUUUUUUUUUUUUGGAGCUUGUAAAUAUGUUUGUGCUACAUGGGAGUCUCAUUGUCAGUCUAAAUUAAAUACAGAGUUUUCUUUAUUUUAUUCAUUUUUUUUCCAUCACCCGGCUUUUUAUGGAAAAAGAGUCCAAGAACAGUUCCUUCACUCCAGUCGUACGGUUCUUAUCUGUGGGUAGUCCAGCCUGUCUGGUAGGGGAUACUUUAGUCUCACUUGACCUCAUGACUGCAUCUCAAUAUGACCAACUCUAGUCUAAUUCAUUUGUAUAGCACAAGUAAUAACAGUAUGCCUGUUUGAAGUAGCUUUACCUCCAUAUCUUCUCUACACACAACUCUGAAGGAAUAGAAAAAUAUUUUUAAAUACUUUAGCUAGGGUGACAUGAUUUCAAACAUGACUUGAGACAGAAGGUAAGGAGACAGAGCUACUCUGCCUCACUGAGACACGUCCUCUCAUCCCUUGGUACUAAAUGGUUAAAGAUAAGAUGUCUCUUCCAGUGCUUAUACAAAGUAUCUCCCCCUUUGGACUGUUAUGCGUUACUGUUUCACAUCACUAAAUCAGUUGAAAUCUUCUCAAAAACGAACAGAAAAUAAUGCAAAGUGCUUUGACAUGACACCAUCAUGAAACCUGCUGGUGUUGGCGGUAUCAUGCUGUGUGGAGGCUUCUCUGCCACAGACACUGGACAGCUCGUGGCAGUGGAUGGUUAAAUUUGUGAAAAAAUAUCAACCUUUAUAGGUUUAUUUUACAUCAAGAUGAAUGAAAACUUAAGGCCAAAUCUACAAAUCGUUGGCUUAAUUAGAACACAACAUGAAGGCCUGGUAUGGAAAGGUCUGUGUCUAGACCUCAGGCCAAUUUCAGAUUUGGUGUCAGAGCUCCACAUGCAUGCAUCUUGACCACAUUAGCUUUAAAGGAAUUAGUUUCCAGAUUUGUGAAGUUGUUACAGGCUGAUUGAAGUAGCCCUCGUGCUGUAACUGCUACCAAAGGUGCCUCUAUUGAGUAUUUUAGGAUAUUUGUGCAGUUAAGAAUUUUGUUAAUUUGUAUAAAUCUGCAUCUCCCCAGUUGAUGUGCAUCUAACAUGAUUACCUCCACUACUGUAAAACAGUAAAACAUUCAAAGUCAAAGUGGGGUGAAUACAUUCUAAAGGCACAGCAUUUUUCAUGACACCUCUGAGUUGUUGUCCCAGGAAUCAAAUGGAGAAGAAACAUGUUUUGAAAUGGUGCAUUUUAACAUGGUCAUGAAGUUCUAAAAUAGCUGUUGUUUUUUUCUGUUAACCUUUUGAUAAAUGUGUCACCAUGCUGAGGAAGGAAAGACUCUGUCCUCUCCAGUGUUUUGAAAACGCCGAGAGACAAGAGGGAGGAAGCCCAUGUGAUGAACGCUGAAAACUCGGUCUGCCACUUUGUACAAGUUCUGUUAAAAAAAUGGUUUUGUGUCUCUAUAUAUCUGAGCUUUGGUACAAGUCUGAAUCUCUGACAUCCAUGAACACAGAUGAAUCUUAAGAGGAAGCCAGAUUAAGAGUGUUGGAGGACUCAUUGCAUAGUUUGUACUGUGCGUCCUGCCCUUCCAUAGAAGCCAACAGAUGCCUGCAUAGUGACAUAUCAGCCCACACACAGGAGAGAGCAAAAAGAGAGGGGAGUGUGAAUCCAUUUCUAAAACCAGUCAUCUCAGAGGAGAGGAAGAGUACAAAAACAAAAAAGUAAAUUAAAAACCAUUUUACAGGA